AUGGGCAUCUUCAGUAAAUUGGUGAAAACCAGCAUCGCCGGCAGCGUGGCCUCGGUCGGGGUUUUCUGGGGCGCCACUCGCAAUGACCUCUUCCAACCUAUGGACACCUCGGAUCCUAUCUUCCAAUCCGCCCUGUUCAACAAGUUCAACCCGAAUCGCAACCCGACUCUCCAUGAUGUGUGUGUUCGUCAAAUGCCGUUGGACAAGAUCCAGCCAUCGCUGGUUGAGGAGAAGGGCAAGUUGGUUGAGGCGUUCUGCGCCGGUGUCUGGGGUGGUCUGGGAUUCAUUCCCCAGAGAGCCUUCCAAGACCGAAAGUACCGAGGCCCUGAAACUGCGAGUGAUCUGUGGGAUCGAUCCGAUCUCCUCAACAGCACUUACGAAGUGGGCACCGUCAUAACAGACCACUUCGAAGUGGUCGAAAAAACCGAUGACCGGAUUGUCAUCGCCGCUGUGGUCAAGAAGGAACAGGGCGUGGUUGACUUCAGUCUGAAGAGCUGUUUCUAUCAAGGCCUUGGAACAGCAGAUGCUCCUCCCAUGGAUGAAAAGGUGGCUUGGGCCCACCGGCAGUACACAAAGCUCUUGUUGGAGACUGCAAUUCUCAAGAAGUGCGUCAAAUAA